GUGCGCGUGCGGAUUGCGGUCGCCAUAGGUCGUGACGUAGCAAAGAGUUGCGAGAGAGGGUGCGCAGUGUGUCAUCGGCAGGUCUCCGGUGAGAGAGAGAGAUAGUGCAGCGAGUCCCCGGGGCCGGUGGAACUGAUCCGGAGCGAACAUGCUCAACAUGUGGAAAGUGCGGGAGCUGGUGGAUAAAGCCACCAAUGUGGUAAUGAAUUAUUCAGAAAUAGAGUCUAAGGUUCGAGAGGCAACCAACGAUGACCCCUGGGGACCUUCUGGGCAGGUCAUGGGAGAGAUAGCCAAGGCAACAUUCAUGUAUGAGCAGUUUCCAGAAUUGAUGAACAUGUUGUGGCAGAGGAUGCUGAAAGACAACAAAAAGAACUGGCGUAGGGUUUACAAGUCCUUGCUGCUGCUGGCGUACCUCAUACGGAACGGAUCGGAGCGAGUCGUCACAAGCGCUAGGGAGCACAUUUAUGAUUUGAGAUCCUUGGAAAAUUACCACUUUGUAGAUGAAAACGGCAAAGACCAGGGCAUUAAUAUAAGACAGAAGGUUAAAGAAAUGGUAGAGUUUGUCCAGGAUGAUGACCGGUUACGAGAGGAAAGGAAAAAAGCCAAGAAGAACAAGGACAAAUAUGUUGGGGUUUCCUCGGACAGUGCUGGGGGGUUCAGAUACAGUGAAAGAUAUGACUCUGAGCCCCGGGCAAAGUGGGACGAGGAAUGGGAUAAAAAUAAAAACAGUUUUCCAUUCAGCGACAAGUUGGGAGAGUUGAGUGAUAAAAUUGGCAGCACCAUAGAUGACACCAUUAACAAGUUCCGACGGAAAGACCGGGAAGAUUCUCCAGAGAGAGGGAGUGAUAGCGAAGAAGACAAAAAGGCGAACAGAGCCAAGCAGACAGGGGAAUUUAAAGAUGAGGAGGAAAUGGUAACCACCAAACACGUCCACAUUACUCAGGCCACAGAGACCACAACCACUCGCCUCAAACGCACAGCAAAUCCGUCCAAAACCAUAGACUUAGGAGCCGCCGCUCAUUAUACUGGAGACAAAGCCAGUCCUGAGAUCACCUCUUCCACUCUGUCAUCCAAGACGCCUAGUGCUGAAUCUGUUAAGAAAUCUGGAAAUGACCUGGUGGAUCUAUUAUUUGAUUCUGGACGGAAAACAGCUGAUCCUUUUGGUGAAUUUGCAGACUUUAGCUCACCUGCUGUAGUGUCUUCCAGUGCCUCUGCAUCACAAGCUCCAGCAUCAAGCGGCAAUGGGGAAUUUGGUGAUUGGGGAACAUUUAGUCAAUCCGUGCCUAGUCCUGCUGUUCCAUCAACAGAUUUGUUUGGAGUUGUCUCGCAAACCAGUACAGACAUGUUUAUGGCAUCUCAUCCUCAAGCCCCUUCUGCUGACAGCAACAAUGCUGAUCUCUUUGAUUUAAUGGGCCCUACACACUCCACCAUGAGUACCUCCCAGAGUAUGAAUUUAUCAAUGAUGAGCUCCAACAGUAUUGGGAUGUCAUUGCCCAUGUCAAGAUCUCAGCCCUUACAGGCAAUGAAUAUGGGUCUCCAGAAACAAAACACACUUCCUGCUCAAGGAUUAGACUUGAAAGGAACAGGGAAAUCGUUGCCCUCCACUUGGUCGGAUCCCAGUGUUAACAUCUCACUAGACAGUCUCAUUCCAGGCAUGCAGCCCUAUAAACCCACACAGCCCACGCUCAAUGCCAUGAUGCAACAUCAAAAUGUUCAACAGCCUGUUGGCAUGAUGUCACAGAGUUUUGCAAGUAUGAACAUCAGCGCAAGCCCUGGCAUGAUGCCCAUACGCCAACCAACAAGUCCCGUUAUGGCAGGAGGCAUGGGUAUCCCCAGCAUGAUGACUGGCACCAUGGGCAUGACUGGAGUAGCAGUCCCUCCUGUGAUGAACCAGGGCAUAAUGGGAAUGGGAAUGCCUAACACAAUCGGGAUGCCCAUAGGAUUAGCUCCAGGUGCCGUGCCGCCCAAACAAGAUGCCUUUGCAAACUUUGCCAACUUCAGCAAAUAGAAGCUUUAUCUACCCACCCAAAUCACUGGUGGGAUAUGAAGGAUUUUUAGCUGCACAAAGGAAAGAGGAUGUAUUGGAGUACUGCAUUAAAACAGAGCCUGAUCCUCCACGUCUGACGAAUACCUUUUUAUAAAUGAAUAAAAUAAACUUCCAGGCGAGCUCUUUUCAAGCGAGAGUUGGGGCCCCAGAAAUGGGGUCACACCUAGCCUGCUCAGUCUUGAGCACUAUUGCCUUUAUGUAUCAGACAGGUUUAGGCAGACAUUGACUGGCUGCCAUCAGGGUAUGUAAUAGGGCUCUUCUGGGUUUUGUAUGACUGGUUUCUGAUUUAUGCCUGUGAGUAAACAAAUACACAACCUGCAUUUAACUUGACACAUUCCUGCCCACGUGACCAUUAGGCAGACUCUAUACCAGGGAUGGUAAAACUUUGGCUCUGCAUACUGGGAAAUGCAAUUCAUAACAGAGUACCAAAGUUUUGCCGUGAUUAUAUACAUAUAUAUAGAUCUAUAUAUAUUUAUAUAAAUAUCUCACUGAGUUACUUGCACUGUUAUGUGUUUGCAGUUUUUAAAGAUGACCUCCAGUUUUGAGAUUUAUUCUGCCCCCUUUU